CCAGCCAAUUAUUGCUCCGGAAUCCCGCGAAGGGCGUGGCUUCGACGCAGCCUCGCUCUCGCUCUCCCUUGUCUCUCCCUCUUUCUUGCCGCCAUCGCGCUCCUUUCUCCUGCCUCAGUGGCUAACGGCUCUUUGCGCAUCACCUGCUCCAAGACCGAUCACUUGAACAAUGGCAUCAGAUGAAGGAAAGCUCUUCAUUGGAGGACUCAGUUUUGAUACUAAUGAGCAGAACCUGGAGCAGUUGUUCUCCCCCUAUGGAGACAUUGCAGAAGUUGUGGUGGUAAAAGACAGAGAGACUCAGCGGUCCAGGGGGUUUGGCUUUAUUACCUAUUGCCGCCCAGAGGAUGCUAAGGAUGCCAUGAGAGCCAUGAAUGGAGAGUCUGUGGAUGGCCGUCAGAUCAGAGUUGACCAGGCUGGCAAAUCUUCCCGUGGCUCUUCAGGAGGCAGGGGCCGUGGCCGUGGAUUCUCUAGAGGAGGUGGAGGAUAUGGAGGUGGCCGUUAUGACAACAGAAGCGGUGGCUAUGGAGGAUCCAGAGACUACUAUGGCAGCAGGAAUCAAGGAGGCUAUGGAGAUCGUUACUCUGGGAGCUCCUACAGAGAUAACUACGAUAACUAGCUUACACCGAGCAUAAAUCCUUCCUGAAUCAAGAUCGUCCUUCCAAUGGUCGUAUUUAUAAAGAUUUUUGGAGCUUCGCUGAA